CCUAACGAGAACCUAUCUAUAUUUAUAACAAAACGCAAAUCCUCUCCUCAGUCUUUGCUUCUUCAUCAUUUUUGCCGCCGCCUCCUUCAUCUUCACUCGCAGGUAUAAGUCAAAACAGAGUUUAAAACAUAAAACUGAAAGAUGGGGCGUGUCCGAACCAAGACCGUGAAGAAAUCAUCACGUCAAGUGAUCGAGAAGUACUACUCUCGCAUGACGCUCGACUUCCACACCAACAAGAAGAUCCUCGAGGAAGUCGCCAUCAUCCCUUCGAAGCGUCUCCGCAACAAGAUUGCUGGAUUCUCCACCCAUUUGAUGAAGAGGAUCCAGAAGGGACCGGUCCGUGGUAUCUCGCUCAAGCUUCAGGAGGAAGAGCGUGAGCGCCGCAUGGACUUUGUCCCCGAUGAGUCUGCUAUCAAGACCGAUGAGAUUAAGGUUGAUAAAGAGACUCUUGAGAUGCUUGCUUCCCUUGGGAUGUCUGACGUUCCCGGCGUCUCUGUGGUUGAGCCUCAGGCUGUGGCUCCUGCUUUUGGCAGGCCACCGAGAAGGUACUGAGGAGUUCAAUCAAGAGAAGAGAAGAACCUUGCUGUAUUGUUUCUUUUGUUUGGAUAUUUAUGUCUGAAACUGAAAGUAAAGACUCUUUUUCUAUUACAUGAGUUUUGAGUUUUUGAUGAUCAUUAAGAUUUGAAUUAAAAGUUGCAACUAUUGUAAGUU